AGCAGCGCCGUGGGGCUGUGGGCCUCCCUUCCUCCGUCCGAUACCGCCUGGUCGCUGUGGGGUGGCGGCGAGAGCACGGCUCGUGGUGGGGGAUCGGUUCCUGGCCUCAAAACUGCACCAGGACGGCAGAGGAGGAGAGGGGAUGUAAAGCCUACAGGAAAAAACCCAGCUCCAGAUGGGCUUCUCUAAAGUCGUCCUCCAAGGGGAGGGGACAGCACGGCCUAAUUUUAGAUAGAGUGCCCUAGUAUUACUGUGGAUGUACAGCAUAAAUGGUGCUCUGAGAAAUAGAGAAUUGGACAAAAUUCCCAUCCUGUGGAGCUUACAGUCAGAAAAAUCCUCUACACACAAAGCAGGCUGACAGAAUAGCAGCUGAUCUGCAGCAGGAGCCCCAGGAGUGCAGGUCUCAAGCAGAUGAACCAGGUACUCUUCAGUCUCGGAAGCCUCUGAUCAUCUCACAAUGAUACUACUUCCCUUGUUCCAGAAACUUGGCUUGACUUAGGAGGAAACCCCAUAACUGUGCCUUAAAACUUGAAUUGCAUCAGUGUGGGUUGUAUUAAAAAUGCACAGUAAGAAGAAGACUCCAGAAAAAUACUAUGUUGGAAUUGAUGUUGGCUCAGCAAGUGUUCGUGCAGCAUUGGUCGAUGGGCUUGGGACAGUGGUAGCACAUGCAGAGCAGCCAAUCCAAAUUUGGGAGCCCCAGCCAGACCACUAUGAGCAAUCCUCUGCAGACAUAUGGGCUGCUUGCUGCUCAGUCACAAAGAAAGUUGUCUCUGGAGUAGAUGCUAGCCACAUUCGAGGGGUUGGGUUUGAUGCUACAUGUUCCCUUGUUGUUGUGGAUAAACAAUUCCAACCUUUGGCAGUCAACUGUGAAGGACAAAACUAUAGGAAUGUCAUUAUGUGGAUGGACCACCGUGCAGUCAGUCAAGUUGAGCGCAUCAAUGCAACGCAACACAGGGUUUUGAGCUAUGUAGGGGGAGUAAUGUCUGUGGAAAUGCAGCCACCUAAAUUGCUGUGGGUAAAGGAGAACCUGCAAGAAUCAUGCUGGGAGAAGGCAGGCCACUUCUUUGAUCUUCCCGAUUUCUUAUCUUGGAAAGCCACAGGUGUCACUGCAAGAUCCCUCUGUACAGUAGUGUGCAAGUGGACGUAUACCUCAGAUAAAGGCUGGGAUGACAGUUUCUGGAAAAUGAUUGGUUUGGAAGAUUUGGUAGAGGAUAAGUAUGAAAAAAUAGGAAACCACGUCUUGUCUCCUGGAGAGUCUGUUGGACAAGGUCUAACGCCAGAAGCUGCGAAAGAUCUUGGUCUCCCUGAAGGGAUUGCGGUAGCAGCAUCUCUCAUUGAUGCCCAUGCUGGAGGACUAGGAGUAAUUGGAGCAGAUGUGAAAGGACAUAACCUGCCAUGUGAGAACCAGCCAAUUACAUCCCGAGUUGCUAUGAUCUGUGGAACAUCUUCAUGCCACAUGGGGGUCAGUGAAGCCCCCAUUUUUGUGCCUGGUGUCUGGGGACCUUAUUUCUCUGCGAUGGUACCUGGACUGUGGUUGAAUGAGGGAGGUCAAAGUGCUACAGGCAAGCUGAUAGAUCAUGUGGUCCGAGGCCAUGUCGCCUUCCCGGAAUUACAGGCAAAAGCUGCAGCCAGUGCUCACAGUAUAUAUACAUACUUGAACAGUCACCUGGAUCUGAUUAAGAAAUCUUUGCCUGUGGGUUUCCUCACUGUUGAUUUACAUGUUUGGCCAGAUUUCCAUGGUAACAGAUCUCCCUUAACAGAUCUGACACUAAAGGGCAUGGUUGUUGGACUAACAUUGUCUCAGGGUCUGGAUGAACUUGCCCUUAUCUACUUGGCCACGAUUCAAGCCAUUGCUUUAGGAACAAGACAUAUUUUGGAAACUAUGCAGGCUGCAGGGCAUCAUAUCAACACACUGUUCCUGUGCGGUGGGCUGAGCAAGAACCCUCUCUUUGUGCAGAUGCAUGCUGACAUUACUGGCAAGCCUGUUGUCCUGUCCAAAGAAGUGGAGUCUGUUUUGGUGGGUGCUGCUAUUCUUGGAGCCUGUGCUUCUGGGGAUUUUGCAUCUAUACAGGAGGCCAUGGCGAAAAUGGGAAAAGUUGGGAGAGUUGUGCAGCCCAACCAUGAGCAUAAAAGAUUUUACGACAAGAAAUACGAAGUAUUUUUGAAACUGGUGGAACAUCAGAGAGAGUAUCGCUCCAUCAUGAACAGCUUCUGAUCUGGAGUCAUGUUAUCUGGGAACAGCAGGCAGAGCGAAUCUCCAGCUAUUUGUGAUGAGGGUAAUGUCUUCUCACUGUACCGUCCAUGUCAAAAAUACACUUUUAUCAUUUAAAGCAUACAUUUUAACUUGGAAUGAGAAAUAAAAUGCACUCACUGGCUGUGAA